CGGGCCCAUUAAGUUAGCCGUGAAAGUGCCCCGAAAUUGUUCCGCCCAGCAGACUUCCCCACGCUGCCCACAGCCCCCGGGUAUUCGCCUCUGCCCCCAAGUAAUCGGGGAGGGAAUCAACCUGAAUAGCACUGGGUGCAAGUGGACAGGCUCCCAUUGGCAUGCACCAUCAGAGUUGCUUCCUACCAUGAUCGGACCUUGCACAUACAAAUUCGACUGAUAUUGCAUUUUCACACAACUCGUCGACCAGAACAUACACUGUCUCAUCGGCCCUAGGGUUUCAUUUGGGGACUCUUUUCCAAUCAAUCUCCUGAACAGAACACAUUCGAUUUAUUCAUAGGACAGGGCGAUAUGAGUUCGCCAUUGUCUGGCGUGGCGUUCAUUACGGGUGCCGGUGGUUCAAUUGGACGUGCGGUAGCACUAGGAUUCGCUCGACACGGCGUGACAAAGAUUGCUGGCGUGGACGUCAGCAGCAAGGGACUCGAAGAGACUGCCUCUGCUCUGGCCGCGGCCUUUCCAGAAGUCAAAUUCCUUCCCAUCACUGCAGAUCUGACUUCAGAGGAAGCCGUCGCGGAAGCCGUAUCGAAGGUAGUUGCAGAGUACGGCGCGAUUCACUACGCGGCCAACAAUGCUGGUAUCGGACGACCGUAUGGUGGGACCCACGAAACCGAACUGAAGGACUAUGACCAGGUUAUGGCCGUGAAUGUCAGGGGCGUCUUCCUUUGUGAAAAGUAUGUACUGGAGCAAAUGCUGAAGCAGGAGCCUCGGCAGGUCAAUCCGUCCGUGCCUUCGGUGCUGGAGCGUGGCUCGAUCGUCAACACGGCUUCAACGCUGGCUCUCAGAGCGAUGCCAUUUUUGAGUGUUUACAACACCUCCAAGCACGCAGUCUUGGGACUGACAAAGACCGAUGCUAUCGACUAUGCACGGAAGGGCAUACGUGUCAAUGCUGUCUGCCCUGGAUUUGUCGACACUCCACUGCUCAUCGAGUCGACGAGAAAGGCAUUGGCGGGCACUAUUGAGAGGAUACCCCAAGGGCGACUGGCGGCCCCCGAAGAGAUUGCCGACAGUGUCUGCUUUUUAGCAAGCGGUGCAGCUUCGCAUAUCAACGGAGUGGCCUUGCCAGUCGAUGGAGGCUUCACAGCAACGUGAUCAUCUGAAAACGCGAUGAUCUGACUAAACUGUCCCCGGCGCUGAGAAGCCGACAAACAGUGAGCGAAGGAUUGUCGCAGCUACAUAUCGCCCGUCACAGCUGCGGGAUAGAUAAGGAAUGUCAUUCAGGAUGUCAAGGGUCUCACAUGCUCUGACUUCCACAUCAUCAAAGAAUGGCUUGCCAAGUUGUGGUGGUGUCGUCAAAUUUCCUGCCGUGUUUCAGGGCCUCCUCACUGUAGACAAUAGGAUACCAUCAAGACUGUGGCUCGGCCGACCAUCUCUUCAUCUUCCCCAGUGCGACUGCUCGCCGCAGGAUUAGGCUAACGCGAAGCUUUUGGAUGGUCGUCGUAUUGAAAGUACAAUCCGCCUAUCAGUCAGAUAUUCUCCGUAUUAUUCAGCCUCCCCUUUUCUGCUAAAGGGGUCUGGAAUCGAAGACACCCUCCA